GAAUGUGCGAAGCACUGAAGACGCAGUACCAGGUAAACGAGGAGAUCGGUCGUGGACGCUUCACGACCAUCUUCCGUUGUUUCCACCCUCUCUCCAACAAACCCUACGCUUGCAAGGUCAUCGACAAGUCUCUUCUCGCCGAUUCCACCGACCGUGAGUGUCUCCAGAACGAACCAAAAUUCAUGACCCUUCUCUCUCCUCAUCCUAACAUUCUUCAAAUCUUCAAUGUCUUCGAGGACGACGAUUCUCUCUCCAUCGUCAUGGACCUCUGCCAGCCCCACACGCUCUUCGACCACAUCGUUAACGACCCCAUCUUCGAGAUCAAGGCGAUCGUUCUCAUCAAGAGCCUUCUUGAAAGCCUGGCCCAUUGCCAUCGCAUGGGCGUGGCCCACUAUGACAUCAAGCCCGACAAUGUUCUCUUCGACUCCGCGGAUAAUCUCUUAGCCAUAGUAGCAUCGUCAAGAAAAAGGAGAGGAGGAGAGGCGCUAGGUUUUCCUGGCUUGAAUGAGGCAUUUGGGAAAAUAUUUCCUCUUUCGCUUGUUAGGAAGGCUUAUAUGCCUCAAUCCAUCUUGUCGACCGAGGCAAUAUCUUUGCCACCAGAAAGAUACAUGUGA